UGGCGAAGUAAAAGGUUACCAAAGGUACCUUGGCUGUGACCAUAACGAAGCCGCGCUGCAAUCCCCGCUGCCGCCAUUAGGGGGAACUCAAUCUCCCCUGUUGCAGAACGUGACGUUGGAGAUGGUUUGAAGACAAGUCACAGGGAAAGGAUUCUUAUUGGGAAUUUCUCCUUCUCCCACAUCCCGACGCUACUGUGUAUAGCGUGGAUGGGAGCACGAUCCAGGGCUCUGCAAUCCAGGGCUGGAAGUCACUGACAUGCCUGAUGGGGGUGUUGUAAGGAAGAACAGUAUGCUGCAGAUAGCAACAGCACUGAUCAGCUAAGGAGAACCCUGUGACAGCUAGCAGGCACCUUCCUAAACCUGCCGGAUCUCAGUACAAAGGGAUUUACUCAACGAUUACUCCUUCAUUCAUCUCAUCCCUGCACAUUUCUUCUUUUACCCUCAUCACAGCCACCAAAGGAUUCUGCCAACUACACAAAGGAUUUGAUCUGCAGCUCCCAAAUCCUCCACUCUUGCAUUGAUUUAGAUGUAUUUAUGCACCCUGUUUGCCUAUGUGGAUAUGCAAGGUAGAACAGAGAAGAGCAUAAUCCCACCAUGUCCAGUGCUUUAACCCAGCAGACUAAGGGAUCUGUGUCUUCAAGUCCAGGGAGAAUAAGAGUUGAAGAUGAGGCCUACAGAAGCCUGUUACGUCUUAAAAAUCAGCCUCUUGAUUCUUUUCUACAUGGGGUCCUAUGCCCAGAAACAUCCCAGUAUGGACAUUGCGGUUAUUCUGGUAGGCACCUCAGACGAGGUAGCCAUCAAAGAUGUCCACGAAAAAGAUGACUUCCACAAUUUGUCAGUGACACCAAGAGUGGCUUUGGUUACGAUGAAUGAGUCUGACCCGAAGAGUAUAAUCACUCGAAUUUGUGAUCUCAUGCAAGACAAAAAAGUGCAAGGCGUUGUGUUUGGUGAUGACACUGACCAGGAGGCUAUAGCUCAAAUUUUGGACUUCAUAUCUGCCCAGACACUCACCCCUAUUUUAGGAAUUCAUGGUGGAUCUUCAAUGAUUAUGGCCGAUAAGGAGGAAUCAUCUAUGUUCUUCCAAUUUGGACCUUCCAUCCAGCAACAGGCUUCUGUGAUGCUAAACAUUAUGGAGGAAUAUGACUGGUACAUUUUCUCCAUCGUCACAACAUACUUUCCAGGAUACCAAGAUUUUGAGAAUAAGGUGCGGAGCACCAUUGAAAACAGUUUUGUCGGAUGGGAGUUAGAAGAAGUUAUUCAUGUAGACAUGUCCUUAGACGACAAUGACUCUAAGAUACAAAACCAACUUAAAAAGCUUCAGAGUCCUGUCAUCUUGCUGUACUGCACAAAAGAAGAGGCCGCUUAUAUAUUUGAAGUAGCCCAUUCAGUGGGAUUGACGGGCUAUGGCUACACAUGGAUUGUACCCAGUCUGGUGGCUGGAGACACUGACACUGUGCCAGCUGAGUUCCCUACAGGGCUCAUCUCUGUGUCCUACGAUGAGUGGGAUUAUGACUUGCCUGCUCGAAUCAGAGAUGGAAUAGCUAUAAUCACAAGUGCAGCUUCUACAAUGCUGUCUGAGCACAAAUCCAUUCCACAGUCCAAGAGCAACUGCUACAAUAUCCAAGAGAGCAGGCAUGAUGAUGCUCACGUGUUAAAUAGGUACUUGAUGAAUGUAACAUUUGAGGGUCGAAACCUCUCAUUUAGCGAAGAUGGAUACCAGAUGCAUCCAAAAUUGGUCGUUAUUUUACUGAACCAGGAAAGGAAGUGGGAAAAGGUUGGAAAGUACAAGGACCGUAGUCUUCAAAUGAAAUAUUAUGUGUGGCCAGUAUUUGAACUGUACCCAGACUCCGAGGAACAUAAAGAUGAACAUCUGAGCAUAGUAACAUUAGAGGAAGCUCCUUUUGUUAUUGUUGAAGAUGUUGAUCCGUUAAGUGGAACCUGCAUGAGAAACACUGUUCCUUGUCGCAAGCAGAUACGUAUAGAGAACCGCACAGAAGAAGGAGGAAACUACAUCAAGAGAUGCUGUAAGGGUUUCUGCAUAGAUAUCCUGAAGAAAAUAGCAAAGACUGUCAAAUUCACCUAUGAUCUGUAUCUGGUGACCAAUGGAAAGCAUGGCAAAAAGAUUAAUGGCACAUGGAAUGGCAUGAUUGGAGAGGUGGUAACUAAACGUGCAUAUAUGGCUGUUGGGUCACUUACCAUAAAUGAGGAACGCUCAGAAGUAGUGGAUUUUUCUGUUCCAUUUAUAGAAACUGGUAUUAGUGUCAUGGUCUCAAGAAGCAAUGGGACUGUGUCUCCCUCUGCUUUCCUUGAGCCAUUCAGUGCAGAUGUCUGGGUGAUGAUGUUUGUCAUGCUUCUCAUUGUGUCUGCUGUGGCUGUAUUCGUAUUUGAAUAUUUUAGCCCAGUGGGGUACAACAGGUGCCUUGCAGAUGGAAGAGAGCCUGGUGGCCCAUCAUUUACUAUUGGCAAAGCCAUUUGGCUUCUCUGGGGCCUGGUGUUUAACAACUCUGUGCCUGUGCAGAACCCAAAGGGAACCACAAGUAAGAUUAUGGUAUCGGUUUGGGCCUUCUUUGCUGUGAUCUUCCUGGCAAGUUACACAGCCAACCUUGCUGCCUUUAUGAUCCAAGAAGAAUAUGUGGAUCAGGUGUCCGGUCUCAGUGAUAAAAAGUUUCAAAGACCCAAUGACUUCUCCCCAGCUUUUCGAUUUGGCACUGUUCCUAAUGGCAGCACUGAAAGAAACAUCCGCAAUAACUACCUCGAAAUGCAUACAUACAUGGUGAAAUUUAACCAAAAAUCUGUACAAGAUGCUCUGCUAUCUCUAAAAACUGGAAAACUGGAUGCCUUUAUCUAUGAUGCUGCUGUGCUAAACUACAUGGCAGGGAGGGAUGAAGGUUGUAAGUUAGUGACCAUUGGCAGUGGCAAAGUCUUUGCAUCCACUGGUUAUGGAAUUGCUAUACAGAAGGACUCCGGAUGGAAAAGACAGAUUGAUCUUGCAAUUCUGCAGUUGUUUGGUGAUGGGGAAAUGGAAGAAUUAGAAGCUCUCUGGCUAACUGGAAUCUGCCACAAUGAAAAGAAUGAAGUGAUGAGUAGUCAGCUAGACAUUGAUAAUAUGGCUGGAGUCUUCUACAUGCUGGGUGCAGCCAUGGCACUAAGCCUCAUCACAUUCAUAAUGGAGCACCUCUUCUUCUGGCAGUUCCGACACUGCUUUAUGGGUGUCUGUACUGGGAAACCCGGCCUGGUGUUCUCUAUUAGCAGGGGUAUUUACAGUUGUAUUCAUGGAGUUCCUAUAGAAGACCGACAGUCUACAAUGAAUUCCCCGUCAGCUACAAUGAAUAAUACUCACUCUAAUAUACUACGACUCCUCCGGACUGCCAAGAAUAUGGCUAAUCUUUCUGGGGUAAAUGGGUCUCCUCAGAGUGCAUUAGACUUCAUACGCCGGGAAUCUUCAGUAUAUGAUAUCUCUGAACAUCGGCGGAGCUUUACUCACUCCGACUGCAAAUCUUUUCAGCCUGAGGAGAAUCUAUUCAGUGACUACAUCUCUGAAGUUGAAAGGACCUUUGGUAACCUUCAGCUUAAAGACAGCAAUGUCUACCAAGAUCAUUUUCACCAUCACAGAUCACACAGUAUAGGGAGUAAUAGUUCUAUUGAUGGCUUGUAUGACUGUGAAAAUGCACCUUUCACAACACAGCCCAGAUCACUAUCCAAGCAACCUCCUUUAGAUAUAGGUUUGCCGACCAAACACCCAACAGCCCAAAUAGGUGACCUUUAUGGAAAGUUUUCAUUUAAAAGUGAUCGUUAUGGUGCUCAUGAUGACUUAAUUAGGUCAGAUGUUUCUGAUAUAUCCACACAUACUGUCACUUAUGGCAACAUUGAAGGCAAUGCAAAAAGGAGGAAGCAAUAUAAAGAUAGUCUAAAGAAAAGGCCAGCAUCUGCUAAAUCUCGAAGAGAAUUUGAUGAAAUAGAAUUGGCCUACCGUCGGCGUCCAAGGUCUCCUGAUCACAAACGCUAUUUCAGAGACAAAGAAGGUUUACGUGAUUUUUAUCUGGAUCAGUUCCGCACCAAGGAAAACAACCCCCACUGGGAACAUGUAGACCUGACAGAUAUGUACAAAGAACGAGGGGAGGAGUUGAAACAUGAAAGUUCUUGCUCUAACAGACAACAUCAGAAACAUACAAGUGAGUAUGGGCAGAAUGAAAGAAAACAUGGCACUGGAGGAAAUGCUUGGGAGAAAAAUCUUUCUAACAUGGAGUGGGAGGACAGAACUGCAAAUAACUUGUGCCGUAACUGUCCUUCAAAGAUGCACAAUUACGCAGGGCAGAAUACCAACCGUCCAGCUUGUAUCCGCUGUGAAGUCUGCAAGAAGGCAGGAAACCUUUAUGACAUCAGUGAGGACAACUCACUUCAAGACUUGGAUGCUCGGCCAAUUCCACCUGCCAACUCAAAAUAUCCACAGAGCCCAUCAAAUGGCAAAGCCCAGAAGCGAAACCGAAGCAAGCUUCAUCGCCAGCAUUCAUAUGAUACUUUUGUGGACCUCCAGAAAGAAGAUGUGACCUUAGCUCCACGCAGCGUCAGCUUGAAAGAUAAGGAGCGCUUCUUGGAUGGCAGUCCAUAUGCCCAUAUGUUUGAAAUGCCUAAUGAGUCAUCCUUUGAAAGCAAGUCCCAUGGCCCAGGCCAUAAUCCAGGGGGGUACAUGCUCAGCCGUUCCCUUUACCCUGAUCGAGUCACCCAAAACCCAUUUAUUCCAACUUUUGGGGAUGAUCAAUGUCUGUUGCAUGGGAGCAAGCCCUACUAUUUUAGGCAACCAGCUAUUGGUGGCUUAAAGGGAAGAUCGGACUUCCGAGCGGCUGGUAAAUCACUCACUGCUUUACAAGCGGGUCCCGCUGGACGUUUCCAAAAAGACAUUUGUAUAGGAAAUCAAUCCAAUGCCUGCGUUUCAAACAAUAAGAACCCCAGAUCUUUCAACAACUCUACCAAUGGCCAUGUGUAUGAGAAGUUAUCCAGCAUUGAGUCAGACGUCUGAGAGGGGAAUUUGGGCUGGGACCUAAAUUCUGUGUUUCCCAGUUCCCAAAUGUUAUUCUCAUACAGUGAAGCAGGACACAGGUGUUCUUGAAUGCUGUUGGUAUGGGAUGAAAUGCAGCUUUUCUAUUCCCUUUCAUUUUUCUUCUCUUCCUGGGGCCAUCUUGUAUUUCUAUUCAUACAGAGUUCAUAUCAUAGCCGGAAGAAGCACCAAGCUGACAAUAAAGAGGGGUAGGGGGGUUAUUGUUUGUCUUAAUUUACCUGAGACCUGGGCUGAGCGCUGUAAGGAAGGGAGGAGAAUUUAAUAUGUACAGACAUUCUUGAAUUUUCUUCCUAAACAAUGAAACGAAGAGCUUGGAAAAGACUUAAAAUCAGAAAGGUCAGUUGAAAAAGAAUAGUUGGUGCAGGGGAAGUUUAGAAUGUAAGAGGGUACUGCUUACACUAUAGGAAGCUUCCAAAAUCCUCUUAAUGUAGGAAUGCAAGCUAGGGCAUUCUGUGUAGAUGAGCCAAUGACAACUGAAGGGAUAACUGGGAACUGCCCUGGCUUAAGUGAUAAUGUAUGUUUGUGUUGAGAUUGUCUGAAUACACAGGUGGCUGGAAAUAUAUGACUGCAUAAAUCCUAAAGUGUAUGCUCCACUUGUCCAUCCAUCAACUCAAAUAACAAUCCAACCAUGCAUUUGAUUUAAAACAAUAUUCAGUUUAUUUGCAUUUAGAUCUGAUCAUUAGAGAUUUCAUACCCUGCACAGAUAUUUACUUUGCAAACACACAAAGUAAAAAAAAAAUCUCUUGGUUCUUUAAAGAACUGAAAAUGUUUUUGCUGCUCAGGAACAUCACAAUAAUAUAUACAGCUUCUUUUAAUGCCCAGAAAAAUUGUAUUACACUAGCAGGAUUUGGAUUUUUCUUUCUUUUCAUUAAUUUAUAGAAUCCUGCAGUGUAAUCUUAAAAAAAAAAAGUAUAUUUUUUAUAUUUAUUUGGCUGUGAAAGACUUGUAAUUCUGCUGUUCUGCAGUUCAUUACUUCUAUGAUCUCAGCCAUAAGACUGUUUAAAAUUAGAAAUAGAAAUAGAAUUAUCAGGACAAUAGGCUAUAUGAAUCACAUCUGCAUCCAAGGGCUUCCUAGUAUGGCACUUUCUUUUCAGGAACAGAUAGUACCAAUCUGGGUUUAGGAAUUAUGGUUGUCCUUCAUAAUGAAGGCAUUUUUUUAGCACUCUUGAGGCUCGUCCUUUCACACAGCCUAUUACCAUACACCAUAAACAACAUAAUUUUAAAAUACCAUAUAUCACAAGUAAGUGAGUUUUGCCAUUUCACACCUGAUUUUCUUUUUAUAUCUAUUUUGUCCAAGUAAAACCCCAGAUGGCUGCAAUUAUGUAUUUUAAACAGAUUAAAUAGAAUAAUUAAAUAAAUAAACACAUUAUUUUA